AGUGGGUGUUCUCACCCUUGAAGUCAGAACAGUGAAAGUUCUGGAGGAUUACACAAGCACUUGGUCCUAUUUUUUUUUCACCAAAAUUGAAUCCUGAAAACUCCUGAUGGCAGACUGAAAGGUGAAUACUUAACAUGAAUGGCACAGUUCUUCCAGAGCCUAACUGGAUGAGUACCCUUUGCAUGGCUGUGGUGAAAAACGUGCCCAGCACAGUUGUUAAACAUGUCUGCUGGCUCUGAGUGGGCUCCCAGGCCCAGAUUGGCCACACACGCACUGGGGCUGGCUGGGCCUGCCUUUGCUUAGGCAGAGGUGGCUCCUGGCGGAAGAGCAGGAGAAACUGGGGCAGCUGUUCUCAGGCCAAAUGCAAAGGAUAGGGUAGAGAGAGGGGCCGAAGGACGAGUGGAAAUGAUGGGGAGAAGACAGAGGAAAAAAAGGCCAAAUUGCUAGGACAGUAGUGGGUGAGUGACGUUCAGACUUGGCUUGCCCCUCUUAUAAAUGGGUUGAUUUAUCUCAUUUGUAAAGUGAAAUGGACAGAUGUGAGUCCUUGGUGACUCAUUGGAGCUUCUCAAACCUUACCCAGGGGACAGCCUAGUUAUGGGUUGUGGACAUUGGAUGGGGUGAGGAGUGUGGAGUUUUUCAUCUUUCAAUCUGAGAAGACUGUUUUGCAGUUUUGAGUACGUCAGCCAGUGAAGAACUGUAAAAAAGGCUGAUUUUUAGUCAUGCCUAGUAAUUGUUUUCAGAAUAUUUUUCUAGGCGGCUGGAGACAAGGGUGUUUUGAAUAGCUUGUUAAACAGACUUUUAAGAGGUACACCCAAUUAGCACUACUAAGUAGGUAUUUAGAUGUUGCCCGGAUUCAUGGGACUUUGCUGGAAAAUAAAUUGCAAACUUGAGUCAAGUGUGAUAUUUUAAACUAGCUUUUGGUCCUUAAAACCACUUUGCUUGAGUUGGAGACAGCCAGCUUCUCCCUUGUUUUUCUUGCCUGGUCACCAGGCUUUUGAGCUCUAGGCUGGCCUCCCCAACACUCAAACAUAUUCCUUUUAUAGAAGUAAAAGUACCUGGCCUCCAUGAUGUGUAACUCUGAGUCAUCCAGUGGAUGUUAACUCCAAAAACAUUCUUCAAGAGACUUUUUCCAUUUUGUUCCAGAGCACAGUCUAAAUUUGGACUCAUUGGCAAGGGAAGUGAAAGGCCCCAAUAGAACCCUUCUGGUCGCUGCCUUCUUUGAGUUGCCGUUGUGGGUGGGCAGGGACAGCCUUACCUGCACAGAGGCUCUGGGUUUCUUGCAUUCCUUUCUGAAUGAGUCGGCCUCUCAUUUGCACAUAUGUUAGUGACCAUUUCUAAUGAUUGAGACUCUUGGGCACAGUGCCUCAUGGUUUUGUAAUGCUAGUGUGAACCAAUAUCCUAUUCCCAUGGUGAGUAAUGUUAUAUUAAUGUUUAGUAGUAUCUGGGCAAAUUAGAUAGAGCAUGAGUGCUUGGUAACACCAAGAUAUGUAAACGUGGGGAAGUCGUGGGAUGAGAAAGUUACUUGUCCAGAGCAGCCUAAACUGAUGAAUGAGAAUCUGAUGCUAGUAUUUUAGGGAAUGUCAGUUUUGGUCUCUCUCAUAUGUCUAAUUAUAGUGUCAACUACAAUACACUGAUAAGUACUAAAAUGUAUUAUAUUUUCCCCCCACUCCUCUAUUUCAAAUUGUAGUGUACAGCAUUAACAAGGACUGCAGAUCUAAUGCCCAGCCACCAGCUAAUGAGCGAGAAGGAUUUUUACGAAAAAGCAGAAGUUGCCAGAUGGUUUUUGUUGUUUUGUUUUGUGUUCUUGGUGGUUGGGACUCGAAGGUACAGAGAUAAUUGCCAGUCCUUCUGUAUUACUGAGAAAUUGUAAACAUCUGUGUUGUGGGCUUUGUUUAUUUUUAUUCCCUGCAGUCCUUAACAGGAUAUCUGCCCGGUAAUUGACUCUCAGUCAGAGAGUACCUUUGACUCUUUUUUUGAAAAUCAUUGUAUCAAGGAAUGUGUCUAAAAGUCACAGGCCAUCCUGUUUAAUCUAAAUAAGUUACAUUUCUUCUGUUUGUAGAUUUUUGAACCUAAGAGCAAAAGCGAAUAUUUGUAACAAAAUUUUACAGAUGAAUUUUUAAGUAGAUACCACAUAAAGGUCCAAUUAAGCAAAACUUGAUACGAAUGUCUAUUUUAUGUGAAGUACUCUAAGUGAUUAUUGUUAUUCAGGUGUUACAUCCUGUGGAGUUUCUUGAUUAUUAAAGUAAUGUAUUUGCUUACAAAACAAUGACAAAGUGAGACAUAUGGGAAGAGAGGAAGGAAUUAUUAACAUAAUAAGAGAAGGGGCUUUCUUACGGGGAUAAGUAUGUUUUUCACUGAAGUUUUUAUUUGUUCUGUCAUUGAGCCAAUCUUUAUUGAGUUAGAAGCAGACUCUGCUCUAUUAAAUUUGCUGAUAGGACACCUGGAUGUCUUUGCUUUUCUUCUUGCCAGCUGAGGAGUUAGACUAGAAUAACUUCAAGAUGGGCUGUAAUUUUGGAAUAGUGAACAGAGGUUUUAUGAUAUCCACUGGUGUUUUGUCACAUCUGCCAGGUUACCCAAAACAGAAACUUUGAAAACCAUUUUUAUGGAAAGGACAAAUUGUGUACUUGGAGCUCUGGGCUGAAUAUUUUGUGAUGUGGUUUUCAAGUGCUCUUAUAAUAAUUAUAAUGCCAGCUAAUUGUCCUUACGUGUCAGUGCUGCCAUGUACUGUUCUGAUUGCCUGUAUUACUUAUUUAAUAAAUGUACUAGUAUCUCCAUUUUACAGAUGAGGAAACUGAGCUGCAGAGAGAUUGGUUAAGUAGCUUGGAGUACAGAGUGGGUUAAGGGAUGGAGUGGUUUGAACCUAGUUCUUGGGCCAUUCUCUUAACCACUUGUUAACUAAAGAAUAGAGUAGACAGGAGUAUAAUUUAACACAAGUUGUCUUUUAUAUGACUUAUAAAAUUAGCUCCGUGGGUUUAUUUUCCAUGCCUUAUACAUACUAAAGUUAUGAAAAGUGUUUCUAUUUUUGAAUGAUUUUCCUUUCCUUAUUUUCAUUGUUUUUCCCUGCACCAUUGCUGAUAACCUUACAAAUAAGGAUUGUGAAAGACAGGAGAAAGAUAAGCAUGCCAGUCAUAAGUUUUGAUUCUAUACAAUUUUCCUCUUUUUCCAAAUUGAUACUUUUCAGCUAUCCCACUGUAAUUCCUCACUGCUGUCCAGGUUUAUCCCAUGCAUCAAAUUCUGUGGUUUUUAGUGUAGUUUCCUGCCUUUUAGCAUGGAAACUUUUGGGUGAGGAGAAUAUGGUGAUGUAGUUCAAGUUGAAAUACUAGGAUAUGAGUACUUUUACAAGCCCAUAGACUGUGUGCACAUUAACUAUGCUUUUAGCAGUUGAGCUUUGGUUCAUUGUAGUGAAAUGCUUUUCCAUGAGUAAUUCUUGAAUGCUGGUGUUCGUUUUUACCACAGAUGUUACAAGUUGGCCAUGGCUCUCUGUUGAAAAACGCAUACAAAUUGCCAGUUUGGUGUAAGCAGUAAGAAAUCACAUUGCUUUUUAAUUGUAUUUAUUUCUAUUUUUAAUAUUUGAGCUUUAAAAUAUUGUAGUAGUAUUGUAAAAAUGCAUCUAUUUAUAAAGUUAUCCUGCACUAAGCCUAAGCUGUAAUGAGGAUAUUGGUACAUGACUGUCCUGUACUUUUAGUGUUUGUCUACUUUUCAAUACGUGUAAGACUUUGAUGUUUCUGUCUCCAUGGUUUGAUGAAGUACUUAAUACCAUGAAUACUAUAUUUAUUAUCAAAUUUUGAAUGAAAUCACUAUCCUAAAUACAAGUGAAAUGUUUUUGAAAUUUUCAUCACCUCUGAAACACCCACUAUUUCUGUAGAAUUGGAUUGAGGAGGGUGGAAGGAAGGGUUAAUCCCUCAAAAUACAAAUUAGCAGUUCCUUUUUAUCAUAAAGUAAAUGUGUGGCAUGGGAGAAUGUGUUGGAUAAUUCUCAUCUUAGGUUGUACAUAUAUGACCAAGGCACUGGAUAAAUUCAUAUGUGAGUGUAGUUUAUUUUCAUGCUCUUUGGAAUGUAUUUAGUAUUGUUUCUGCCAGUCUAAGCCUUAAAAAGGUCUGUAGCUCAUUUGGGGUUGCUGCAAUCUGAGGAGCUGCUGUUCUGAAUGUCUUUGUUUUAUUUUAACUUUUUUUUUUCUUCCCAAGAUGGGAUCUUGCUAUAUUGCUCAGGCUAGAGUGUGGUGGCCUGAUCAUAAAACUCACUGCAGCCUUGACAUCCUGGGCUCAAGCUGUCCUCUUGUCUCAGCUUCCCCAGCAGCUGGAACUAUAGGUGCAUGCCAGCAUGCCCAGCUAAUUUUUUAUUUUUUUGUAGAGAUGGGGUGUUGCUAUGUUGUCCAGGCUGAUCUCAAACUCCUAGGCUCAAGCACUUUUCCUGUCUGGCCUUCCCAAAGUGCUGGGAUUACUGGUGUGAGCCACUGUGCCUGGCCCUAUGUAUCUUCAGAAGAUCAUUCAUAUCUGGCACAGACAGUUGACCUUUUUUGAGUCAACAGAGCCGGUUUGCAUAGGAGAUAGUAAGUGGGUCUAUGGAGAUUGAAAGUUACAGGUUCCAUUUAGUAGAGGCUACUAGUUUUUGAAGAGAGAGGGAGAAAGUGAUACCAAAGGGAUUGCUUCCUCAGUGCCCCUGGCCACUGCUCAUGUGGUGCCAGGCAAGAGGGUGGACUGCAGGGGCAGGCCAGUCCAGUUUAGCGGCACAGCCACUCAGUGAGCAGGAGUCUUUGUGGAAGGAAAGUUGAGACGAUGACAGAGCUAACAGCAAACUCAGACAAUCUGAAAAAGAAAAGAAAAAAUCCAGAAAAAUUCACGUAUGCAAAUGCAAAUAUUUAUAACUAUUUUCGGUAAAUCCCUUUGUUCAUGAGAAAUCAUUUACAAAAUAUGUGUGUGCAAGCUAAGUCUAUUCUUGUAAAGAAAUCUGAGUCAGUCUGAGGAGAUUGCAGUUGGCGCUGUGGAAGCAUCAUGCUUGUGGCUGUUCCUGCCUGUUGAAAUGAUUCAGGCCCAUGACAUUUCUGUGUAAAGGAUGCUUUAAUUUGUCUUCUCCGACUGCCCCUUACUCACUUGAAGACAGACUCAUAUGCCUGGGGCAGUGACUUGCAGAGCUUCUAGUCCUUUGCUCAAACUGUCCUAUCUUGGAAGAGCUGACUAAAUGUAAAAAAAUUCCACCUCAAAAAGAAGUGAAUGGCUGGUGUGAUCUCCUCAGAAGAAUCUCAGGACAAAUUUACAUACACACCCCUUCAUCUGACACCUGUGGCUUUGAAGGAGAAAGCCAGAUAACACUGUGGGAUGGUCAUUUAAUCAGUUUGUAUCCACACAAAUGCAUACAGGAUUUCCCUCAUGCAAUAGGUAAUGAGACCCUCCCCUGAGAUUAAUAUGUAUAUAUAAUUAAUAACUAGCCCAGCAUGUUCUCCGGAAGGGCAGUGGCAGGAGAAAUAUCACAGCCUCUGCCCUGACCUGCCCAGUGUCUUUAUUCUCGGUGCAGUCCUUGAUAGGAGGGACAUGGGACGUGUGGCUCACAGAAUGUUGACCAGCAGCCCCGUUCAUUGCAUGGCUGGAUCUGGUUCCCACCUAGUGGGUCAAGGCUGGUAUAUUAAAGUUCUGAUGUUAUUUCUCAAAAAGACCAAUUUACCUAGUCAGAGCAUGUAUAUAUAAGUGUGUGUGUGUAUAUAGCAUUCUAUAUUCACAAACAUUAAGUGAUUUUUCUAGGACUUAAGAGAAAGUAAAGGCCAGGCAGGCACAGUGGCUGCAUCUGUAAUCCCAGUGCUUUGGGAGGCUGAGGCAAGAAAACUGCUCAAGAUCAGGAGUUUAAGACCAGCCUGGGUAGCAUAGCUAGACUCUGCCUCUACAAAAAGCACGAAUACAUGAGCUGGCCAUGGUGGCACAUGCCUUUAGUUCCAGCUGUGCCACUCCAUACAGUCCAGCCUGGGUGACAGAGCAAGACCCUGUUUCGCAAGACCCUGUUUCUUUAAAAAACAAAACAAAACAAAAAACAAAACAGGGAAGAAGUAGUAGUAGUACAUCUUUUACCACUGUUGUUAGAAUGGGCACAGCAAACUGUCCACUUAUUUUCAUCGUUAACAUAUGUAAAGUAAUUUAUGUUAUUUUCUUACAGAAGUGAUUCAAAUCAUAGGUAAAGUGAAUAGGGCAGUUGGCUCUGAUAAAGUUGACAGUAAUCAGAACUUAAAGAAGUAAGCCAUUGUCGGUCAGGAAAAUUGCAGACUGGAAAAGAUAAUUAUUAGUGAAGAGUUCUUGUGGUUCUUAGUAAAUUAUCUUCCUGAACCUAGUGGCUCUGCUCCUUCGCCAUAUAAAACUCUGAUUUUGUUGAUUAACAUUUUGGUAUUCAAUAACAACUCUAAAUGGCUCAUUUAUUGUUUCAUGUUUUCUAUUUUAUACCAAACAAAUUAGGAGAUGUGGGCAUAUCAAAGAUGUGAAGAAAAAUAAAAGGAAUUCAGAAAGAAUGAUAGAUCCAAUCUUCAGGAGAUAAUGUAGUUGCAUCGAUUGUGUUGUAAAUAAUAUCUAGCAUUAGUAAUGGCAGUGGAAUUAAUCAUGACAAUAAUAAAGAUUGCUUUAAUUUGAGUUAUAUAUACAUGAUUUCAUUCCAAUAUAAAAGAAAUGACCCCAGUAACUUCUGGGAUUCCAAGAAGGUUUCCAAAUUAUUUGUUUUACAAACUCAAACGUUCUUCCCUUUUUUUCUGUUUUCCCUCCAAGAACAAAGUCUCGCUCUGUUGCCCAGGGUAGGAUGCAAAAAUGUAAUCUUGCCUCACCACAACUUCUAUCUCCUGGGCCUAAGUGAUCCUCCCACCUCAGCCUCCUGAGUGUGUCCAUCUGUAGUAGAUGCAUGCCCAGCUAAUUCUUUAAAUUUUUUUAGAGAGACAAGGUCUCACUAUAUUGCCCAGGUUGGUCUUGAGUCUCUGGGCUCAAGUGAUCCUCCCACUUCAGCCUCUCAGCAUAUUCGUAAGAAUGAGAGGGAAUGCUAUGAAUACUACCACUAUCCUGGGAUAACAGGCACUUGAUAAGAAGAAUACAAGGGGACCCUACUUACUCACUCAACAAAUGUCUUUGAACAUUUACAGGUCAAGAAUAUAAGAAGAGGACGGGCUGCUUAGGUUUCGAAAAAACGAUGAAAUGAAAGCUAUGGAUGUUUUGCCAAUUUUGAAGGAAAAAGUUGCAUACCUUUCAGGUGGUAGAGAUAAACGUGGAGGUCCCAUUUUAACAUUUCCAGCCCGCAGCAAUCAUGACAGAAUACGACAGGAAGAUCUCAGGAGACUCAUUUCCUAUCUAGCCUGUAUUCCCAGUGAGGAGGUCUGCAAGCGCGGCUUCACGGUGAUCGUGGACAUGCGUGGGUCCAAGUGGGACUCCAUCAAGCCCCUGCUGAAGAUCCUGCAGGAGUCCUUCCCCUGCUGCAUCCACGUGGCCCUGAUCAUCAAGCCAGACAACUUCUGGCAGAAACAGAGGACUAAUUUUGGCAGUUCUAAAUUUGAAUUUGAGACAAAUAUGGUGUCUUUAGAAGGCCUUACCAAAGUAGUUGAUCCUUCUCAGCUAACUCCCGAAUUUGAUGGCUGCCUGGAAUACAACCACGAAGAAUGGAUUGAAAUCAGAGUUGCUUUUGAAGACUACAUUAGCAAUGCAACCCACAUGCUGUCCCGGCUAGAGGAACUUCAGGACAUCCUAGCUAAGAAGGAGCUGCCUCAGGAUUUAGAGGGGGCUCGGAAUAUGAUUGAGGAACAUUCUCAGCUGAAAAAGAAGGUGAUUAAGGCCCCCAUCGAGGACCUGGAUUUGGAGGGACAGAAGCUGCUGCAGAGGAUACAGAGCAGUGAAAGCUUUCCCAAAAAGAACUCAGGCUCAGGCAACGCAGACCUUCAGAACCUCUUGCCCAAAGUGUCCACCAUGCUGGACCGGCUGCACUCAACACGGCAGCACCUGCACCAGAUGUGGCAUGUGAGGAAGCUGAAGCUGGACCAGUGCUUCCAGCUGAGGCUGUUUGAACAGGAUGCUGAGAAGAUGUUUGACUGGAUCACACACAACAAAGGCCUGUUUCUAAACAGCUACACGGAGAUUGGGACCAGCCAUCCUCAUGCCAUGGAGCUUCAGACGCAGCACAAUCACUUUGCUAUGAACUGUAUGAACGUGUAUGUAAAUAUAAACCGCAUCAUGUCGGUGGCCAAUCGCCUGGUGGAGUCUGGCCACUAUGCCUCGCAGCAGAUCCGGCAGAUCGCGAGUCAGCUGGAGCAGGAGUGGAAGGCAUUUGCGGCAGCCCUGGAUGAGCGGAGCACCUUGCUGGACAUGUCGUCCAUUUUCCACCAGAAGGCCGAAAAGUAUAUGAGCAACGUGGAUUCGUGGUGUAAAGCUUGCGGUGAGGUAGACCUUCCCUCAGAGCUGCAGGAUCUAGAAGAUGCCAUUCAUCACCACCAGGGAAUAUAUGAACAUAUCACUCUUGCCUAUUCUGAGGUGAGCCAAGAUGGGAAGUCGCUCCUUGACAAGCUCCAGCGGCCCUUGACGCCUGGCAGCUCUGAUUCCUUGACGGCCUCUGCCAACUACUCCAAGGCUGUGCACCAUGUCCUGGAUGUCAUCCACGAGGUGCUGCACCACCAGCGGCAGCUUGAGAACAUCUGGCAACACCGCAAGGUCCGGCUCCAUCAGAGGCUGCAGCUGUGUGUUUUCCAGCAGGACGUUCAGCAGGUGCUAGACUGGAUCGAGAACCACGGAGAAGCAUUUCUGAGCAAACAUACGGGUGUGGGGAAAUCUCUCCAUCGGGCCAGAGCAUUGCAGAAACGUCAUGAAGAUUUUGAAGAAGUGGCACAGAACACUUAUACCAAUGCGGAUAAAUUACUAGAAGCUGCAGAACAGCUGGCUCAGACUGGGGAGUGUGACCCUGAAGAGAUUUACCAGGCUGCCCAUCAGCUGGAAGACCGGAUUCAAGACUUCGUUCGGCGUGUUGAGCAGCGAAAGAUCCUACUGGACAUGUCAGUGUCCUUUCACACCCAUGUGAAAGAGCUGUGGACGUGGCUGGAGGAGCUGCAGAAGGAGCUGCUGGACGACGUGUAUGCCGAGUCGGUGGAGGCCGUGCAGGACCUCAUCAAGCGCUUCGGCCAGCAGCAGCAGACCACCCUGCAGGUGACCGUCAACGUGAUCAAGGAAGGGGAGGACCUCAUCCAGCAGCUCAGGGACUCUGCCAUCUCCAGUAACAAGACCCCCCACAACAGCUCCAUCAACCACAUCGAGACGGUGCUGCAGCAGCUGGACGAGGCACAGUCACAGAUGGAGGAGCUCUUCCAGGAGCGCAAGAUCAAGUUGGAGCUCUUCCUGCAGCUGCGCAUCUUCGAGAGGGACGCCAUCGAUAUUAUCUCAGACCUCGAAUCUUGGAAUGAUGAACUUUCUCAGCAAAUGAAUGACUUCGACACAGAAGAUCUCACGAUCGCAGAGCAGCGCCUCCAGCACCAUGCAGACAAAGCCUUGACCAUGAACAACUUGACUUUUGACGUCAUCCACCAAGGGCAAGAUCUUUUGCAGUACGUCAAUGAGGUCCAGGCCUCUGGCGUAGAGCUGCUUUGCGACAGAGAUGUAGAUAUGGCAACUCGCGUCCAGGACCUGCUGGAGUUUCUUCAUGAAAAACAGCAGGAAUUGGAUUUAGCCGCAGAGCAGCAUCGGAAACACCUGGAACAGUGCGUGCAGCUGCGCCACCUGCAGGCAGAAGUGAAGCAGGUGCUGGGUUGGAUCCGCAACGGAGAGUCCAUGUUAAAUGCCGGACUUAUCACAGCCAGCUCGUUACAAGAGGCUGAGCAGCUCCAGCGAGAGCACGAGCAGUUCCAGCAUGCCAUCGAGAAAACACAUCAGAGUGCGCUGCAGGUGCAGCAGAAGGCGGAAGCCAUGCUACAGGCCAACCACUACGACAUGGACAUGAUCCGGGACUGCGCCGAGAAGGUGGCGUCACACUGGCAGCAGCUCAUGCUCAAGAUGGAAGAUCGCCUCAAGCUCGUCAAUGCCUCUGUCGCUUUCUACAAAACCUCAGAGCAGGUCUGCAGCGUCCUUGAGAGCCUGGAACAGGAGUAUAAGAGAGAAGAAGACUGGUGUGGCGGGGCUGAUAAGCUGGGCCCCAACUCCGAGACGGACCAUGUGACGCCCAUGAUCAGCAAGCACCUGGAGCAGAAGGAGGCAUUCCUGAAGGCUUGCACCCUUGCUCGGAGGAAUGCAGAUGUCUUCCUGAAAUACCUGCACAGGAACAGUGUGAACAUGCCAGGAAUGGUGACGCACAUCAAAGCUCCUGAGCAGCAAGUGAAAAAUAUCUUGAAUGAGCUCUUCCAACGGGAGAACAGGGUAUUGCAUUAUUGGACCAUGAGGAAGAGACGGCUGGACCAGUGCCAGCAGUAUGUGGUCUUUGAGAGGAGUGCCAAGCAGGCUUUGGAAUGGAUCCAUGACAAUGGCGAGUUCUACCUUUCCACGCACACCUCCACAGGCUCCAGUAUACAGCACACCCAGGAGCUCCUGAAGGAGCACGAGGAGUUCCAGAUAACUGCAAAGCAAACCAAAGAGAGAGUGAAGCUAUUGAUACAGCUGGCUGAUGGCUUUUGUGAAAAAGGGCAUGCCCAUGCGGCAGAGAUAAAAAAAUGUGUUACUGCUGUGGAUAAGAGGUACAGAGAUUUCUCUCUGCGGAUGGAGAAGUACAGGACCUCUUUGGAGAAAGCCCUGGGGAUUUCUUCAGAUUCCAACAAAUCGAGUAAAAGUCUCCAGCUCGAUAUCAUUCCAGCCAGUAUCCCUGGCUCAGAGGUGAAGCUUCGAGAUGCUGCUCAUGAACUUAAUGAAGAGAAGCGGAAAUCUGCCCGCAGGAAAGAGUUCAUAAUGGCUGAGCUCAUUCAAACUGAAAAGGCCUAUGUAAGAGACCUCCGGGAAUGUAUGGAUACCUACCUGUGGGAAAUGACCAGUGGUGUGGAAGAGAUCCCACCUGGCAUUGUCAACAAAGAACUCAUAAUCUUUGGAAACAUGCAGGAAAUCUACGAAUUUCAUAAUAACAUAUUCCUAAAGGAGCUGGAAAAAUAUGAACAGUUGCCAGAGGAUGUUGGACAUUGUUUUGUUACUUGGGCAGACAAGUUUCAGAUGUAUGUCACAUAUUGCAAAAAUAAGCCUGAUUCUACUCAGCUGAUUUUGGAACAUGCAGGGUCCUAUUUUGAUGAGAUACAGCAACGACAUGGAUUAGCCAAUUCCAUUUCUUCCUACCUUAUUAAACCGGUUCAACGAAUAACAAAGUAUCAGCUCCUUUUAAAAGAGCUGCUGACAUGCUGUGAGGAAGGAAAGGGGGAGAUUAAAGAUGGCCUGGAGGUGAUGCUCAGUGUGCCGAAGCGAGCCAAUGACGCCAUGCACCUCAGCAUGCUGGAAGGGUUUGAUGAAAACAUUGAGUCUCAGGGAGAACUCAUCCUGCAGGAAUCCUUCCAAGUGUGGGACCCAAAAACCUUAAUUCGAAAGGGUCGAGAACGGCAUCUCUUCCUUUUUGAAAUGUCCUUAGUAUUUAGUAAAGAAGUGAAAGAUUCCAGUGGGAGAAGCAAGUACCUUUACAAAAGCAAAUUGUUUACCUCAGAGUUGGGUGUCACAGAACAUGUUGAAGGAGACCCUUGCAAAUUUGCACUGUGGGUGGGCAGAACGCCAACUUCAGAUAAUAAAAUCGUCCUUAAGGCUUCCAGUAUAGAGAACAAACAGGACUGGAUAAAGCACAUCCGCGAAGUCAUCCAGGAGCGGACGAUCCACCUGAAGGGAGCCCUGAAAGAGCCCAUCCACAUCCCCAAGACCGCCCCCGCCACAAGACAGAAGGGAAGGAGGGAUGGAGAAGAUCUGGACAGCCAAGGAGAUGGCAGCAGCCAGCCUGAUACGAUAUCCAUCGCCUCGCGGACGUCUCAGAACACGCUGGACAGCGAUAAGCUUUCUGGAGGCUGUGAGCUGACAGUGGUGAUCCACGACUUCACCGCUUGCAACAGCAACGAGCUGACCAUCCGCCGCGGCCAGACCGUGGAAGUUCUGGAGCGGCCGCAUGACAAGCCUGACUGGUGUCUGGUGCGGACCACGGACCGCUCCCCAGCGGCAGAAGGCCUGGUCCCCUGUGGCUCACUGUGCAUCGCCCACUCCAGAAGUAGCAUGGAAAUGGAGGGCAUCUUCAACCACAAAGACUCGCUCUCCGUCUCCAGUAAUGACGCCAGUCCACCUGCAUCCGUGGCUUCCCUCCAGCCCCACAUGAUCGGGGCCCAGAGCUCGCCGGGCCCCAAGCGGCCAGGCAACACCCUGCGCAAGUGGCUCACCAGCCCGGUGCGGCGGCUCAGCAGCGGCAAGGCCGACGGACACGUGAAGAAGCUGGCGCACAAGCACAAGAAGAGCCGCGAGGUCCGUAAGAGCGCCGACGCCGGUUCGCAGAAGGACUCGGACGACAGCGCGGCCACCCCGCAGGACGAGACGGUGGAGGAGAGAGGCCGGAACGAGGGCCUGAGCAGCGGGACCCUCUCCAAAUCCUCCUCCUCGGGGAUGCAGAGCUGUGGAGAAGAGGAAGGCGAGGAGGGGGCCGAUGCCGUGCCCCUACCGCCACCCAUGGCCAUCCAGCAGCACAGCCUCCUCCAGCCGGACCCACAGGAUGACAAGGCCUCUUCUCGGUUAUUAGUCCGCCCCACCAGCUCCGAAACACCAAGUGCAGCUGAACUCGUCAGUGCAAUUGAGGAACUUGUGAAAAGCAAGAUGGCACUGGAGGAUCGUCCUAGCUCACUCCUUGUUGACCAGGGAGAUAGUAGCAGCCCAUCCUUCAACCCUUCGGAUAAUUCCCUUCUCUCUUCCUCCUCACCCAUUGAUGAGAUGGAAGAAAGGAAAUCCAGCUCUUUAAAGAGAAGACACUACGUUCUGCAAGAAUUAGUGGAGACAGAGCGUGACUAUGUACGGGACCUUGGCUAUGUGGUUGAGGGCUACAUGGCACUUAUGAAAGAAGAUGGUGUUCCUGACGACAUGAAAGGAAAAGACAAAAUUGUGUUUGGCAACAUCCAUCAGAUUUACGACUGGCACAGAGACUUUUUUUUAGGAGAAUUAGAGAAGUGCCUUGAAGAUCCAGAAAAACUAGGAUCCCUUUUUGUUAAACACGAGAGAAGGUUGCACAUGUACAUAGUUUAUUGUCAAAAUAAACCAAAGUCUGAGCACAUUGUCUCAGAAUACAUUGAUACCUUUUUUGAGGACUUAAAGCAGCGUCUCGGCCACAGGUUGCAGCUCACAGAUCUGUUGAUCAAACCGGUGCAGAGAAUCAUGAAGUAUCAGCUCUUACUGAAGGACUUCCUCAAGUAUUCCAAAAAGGCCAGUCUGGAUACAUCAGAAUUAGAGAGAGCUGUGGAAGUCAUGUGCAUAGUACCCAGGCGGUGCAACGACAUGAUGAAUGUGGGGCGGCUGCAAGGAUUCGAUGGUAAAAUCGUUGCCCAGGGUAAACUGCUCUUGCAGGACACAUUCUUGGUUACAGACCAAGAUGCAGGGCUUCUGCCUCGCUGCAGAGAGAGGCGCAUCUUCCUCUUUGAGCAGAUUGUCAUAUUCAGCGAGCCACUUGAUAAAAAGAAGGGCUUCUCCAUGCCAGGAUUCCUGUUUAAGAACAGUAUCAAGGUGAGUUGCCUUUGCCUGGAGGAAAAUGUGGAAAAUGAUCCCUGUAAAUUUGCUCUGACAUCAAGGACGGGUGACGUGGUAGAGACCUUCAUUUUGCAUUCAUCUAGUCCAAGUGUCCGGCAAACUUGGAUCCAUGAAAUCAACCAAAUUUUAGAAAACCAGCGCAAUUUUCUAAAUGCCUUGACAUCACCAAUCGAGUACCAGAGGAACCACAGCGGGGGCGGCGGCGGCGGCGGCAGCGGGGGCGGCGGCGGUGGUGGGGGCAGUGGCAGCAGCGGGGCUCCCAGUGGCGGCAGCGGCGGCCACAGCAGCGGCCCCGGAAGCUGCGGCGGCGCCCCCAGCACGAGCAGGAGCCGGCCCUCCCGGAUCCCCCAGCCUGUCCGACACCACCCCCCCGUGCUGGUCUCCUCUGCAGCCUCGAGCCAGGCAGAGGCAGACAAGAUGUCAGGUACGUCCACUCCUGGGCCCUCCCUGCCUCCCUGCGUGGCCCCCGAGGCCAGCCCCAGCGCUCCUGGCAGGCGGCCCCCCAGCGCGGACGCCGAGGGGUCGGAGCGAGAAGCGGAGCCGAUCCCCAAGAUGAAGGUGCUGGAGAGCCCCAGGAAAUGCGCCGCGAACGCCUCGGGGCCGAGCCCGGACGCCCCCGCUAAGGAAGCGCGCGCGAGCCUGGGUGCCCUGCCGCUGGGGAAGCCCCGGCCCGGGGCCGCGUCGCCGCUGAACUCGCCGCUCUCAAGCGCGGUCCCUUCUCCUCUCGGCAAGGAGCCCUUCCCCCCCAGCAGCCCCCUGCAGAAGGGGGGCUCCUUCUGGAGCUCCAUCCCCGCUUCCCCCGCCAGCCGACCAGGCUCCUUCACCUUCCCGGGGGACAGCGACUCCCUCCAGCGCCAGACGCCCCGCCACGCGGCCCCCGGCAAAGACACUGACCGCAUGAGCACCUGCUCGUCGGCCAGCGAGCAGUCCGUGCAGUCCACCCAGAGCAACGGGAGUGAAAGCAGCAGCAGUAGCAACAUCUCCACCAUGUUGGUGACACACGAUUACACGGCAGUGAAGGAGGAUGAGAUCAACGUCUACCAAGGAGAGGUCGUUCAGAUUCUGGCCAGCAACCAGCAGAACAUGUUUCUGGUGUUCCGAGCCGCCACUGACCAGUGCCCUGCAGCCGAGGGCUGGAUUCCGGGCUUUGUCCUGGGCCACACCAGUGCAGUCAUCAUGGAGAACCCCGACGGGACUCUCAAGAAGUCAACAUCUUGGCACACAGCACUCCGUUUAAGGAAAAAAUCUGAGAAAAAAGAUAAAGACGGCAAAAGGGAAGGCAAGUUAGAGAAUGGUUAUCGGAAGUCACGGGAAGGACUCAGCAACAAGGUAUCUGUGAAGCUUCUCAAUCCCAACUACAUUUAUGAUGUUCCCCCAGAAUUCGUCAUUCCAUUGAGUGAGGUCACUUGUGAGACAGGGGAGACCGUUGUUCUUAGAUGUCGAGUCUGUGGCCGCCCCAAAGCCUCAAUUACCUGGAAGGGCCCUGAACACAACACCUUGAACAACGAUGGUCACUACAGCAUCUCCUACAGUGACCUGGGAGAGGCCACUCUGAAGAUUGUGGGUGUGACCACGGAAGAUGACGGCAUCUACACGUGCACUGCUGUCAAUGACAUGGGUUCAGCCUCAUCUUCGGCCAGCCUGAGGGUCCUAGGUCCAGGGACGGAUGGGAUCAUGGUGACCUGGAAAGACAACUUUGACUCCUUCUACAGUGAAGUGGCUGAGCUUGGCAGGGGCAGGUUCUCUGUCGUGAAGAAAUGUGAUCAGAAAGGAACCAAGCGAGCAGUGGCCACUAAGUUUGUGAACAAAAAGUUGAUGAAGCGUGACCAGGUCACCCAUGAGCUUGGCAUCCUGCAGAGCCUCCAGCACCCGCUGCUUAUUGGCCUCCUUGACACCUUUGAGACCCCCACCAGCUACGUCCUGGUCUUGGAAAUGGCUGACCAGGGUCGCCUCCUGGACUGCGUGGUGCGAUGGGGAAGUCUCACUGAAGGGAAGAUCAGAGCGCACCUGGGGGAGGUUCUGGAAGCUGUCCGGUACCUGCACAACUGCAGGAUAGCACACCUGGACCUAAAGCCUGAGAAUAUCCUGGUGGAUCAGAGUUUAGCCAAGCCAACCAUCAAACUGGCUGACUUUGGAGAUGCCGUUCAACUUAACACGACCUACUACGUCCACCAGUUACUGGGGAACCCUGAAUUUGCGGCCCCUGAAAUCAUCCUCGGGAACCCUGUCUCCCUGACCUCGGAUACAUGGAGUGUUGGAGUGCUCACAUACGUACUUCUUAGUGGCGUGUCCCCCUUCCUGGAUGACAGCGUAGAAGAGACCUGCCUGAACAUUUGCCGCUUAGACUUUAGCUUCCCAGAUGACUACUUUAAAGGAGUUAGCCAGAAGGCCAAGGAGUUCGUGUGCUUCCUCCUGCAGGAGGACCCCGCCAAGCGUCCCUCGGCUGCGCUGGCCCUCCAGGAGCAGUGGCUGCAGGCGGGCAAUGGCAGGAGCACGGGCGUCCUCGACACGUCCAGACUGACAUCCUUCAUUGAGCGGCGCAAACACCAGAAUGAUGUUCGACCUAUCCGUAGCAUUAAAAACUUCCUACAGAGCAGGCUUCUGCCUAGAGUUUGACCUAUCCAGAAGUUCUUUCUCAUUCUCUUUCACCUGCCAAUCAGCUGUUAAUUUGAAUUUUCAAGAGAAAACAAGCAAACAGAACUGAUCAGCUGCCGGUAUGUUCAUCGUGUGAAAUUGCAUUCCAAGUGAGCUGUGCUCAGCAGUGCUUGGACACAGAGCUGCGAGCUGCGCUGGGGUGGAGGACCGUCACUUACACUCUGCCCAAGGCAGAGGUCGCAUUGCUGUAUCACAGUAUUUUAUUCAGGUUUCUGCAAAAAAUAAAAAGAUACUUUUUUAAACAAACAUGAAUAGAAUUUUGCAAAUUUAAUGUUUUCAAGAUUUAUCCAAGGAAACAAAAUGCCUAUGUUCUACCACUGGUGUAACGAACAAAGCAAAGAUACUGUGCGUCUCAGGAAGACGCACCCAGGUGGCGGCCACUCCCACGGCCUUGUCUAGGGCUCAGAGUCCACUCUGCUCUGAGCUUUUCCAGGCGCCUCUUCUGUGUGCAUCUCACACCAGAUGUGGCUUCUGAAACGUGCAUUCAACCUCAAACUUUUGCAUAAAAUAGAAUGAAUCGUUUUGCUCUGAUGAAAUGUAGGCCUUACUUGUAUAUAAGACUGUUCCUGCCUUCGGUCUGUCGUAUCCCCACCUGUCUCCUCUACCUACCCCCACCCACUGCCUGGGGCUUCCUCUGGGGGUCUGAGGGUCUGCCCAUCAAAUGAAGACAUCAGGUUGGGUCCUGCCCCACUGCCCCUUCCCCUGUUCCUGCCCCAAGCCGUCAAUCAGAUUGUUGAGCAGUACACAGUCAGAUGAAAAUACUGUAAAUGCACUCAUUGGGGGUUUUUUGGUUUUACUUCAUAUCAUGUGCAAUGUUGUGGCUUUAACAUUUUAUGCAACUAUUUAUGAAGACCUCUGUUGUACCUGUAAUAAAUAUAUAGAAAAAGCACAUACUUCGUAUGGUGAGCUUUAUGGUUUUGUGUGUGUGUUGGGGUUGGCGGGUGGGUGGGUAGGGUCGUAGCCCUGUGCCAUCAGUUCCAGGAGACUUAACUCUUCAUGAAAUUUGUUGGUUUUGAGGACUGUAAAAAGUGAUUUCAUACUCUGAAUAUAAAACUGGAUAAUAGGGUAAUGUUUUAAAGUUUAUUAUGCUAUUAUUCAGAAUGCCAAAGUAUUUUUUUUCCCAAAAUCAGUCUGGACAUUUACUACUUUUUAGACUUUUUGACGUUCAACUUUCUGUACAAAAAUUGGCUGGGUUUUGAGCUUUUGGUAAGAAAUAAAAGCCAAUUAAGCACUGGCCGCCCCGCGGCUAUUACCCAAUGCCCGAGUCACUGUGGCAGCAUUCAUGCUGGUGCGGGGAGUCCUUUCAACUCAAGGAGGCUGGAUCUCUGGGCACCCUUGAAGUUUUCUGGAUGUCUUUUUAUCUUUCUCAUGUGAACUGCACUACAAAAGAGACCAGCCUGCUUCCCAAGCCAGCCGGACACCUGAGUCUUGAGCCAUAAACUGGCAUAGUUAAGCUUUGCAGCUUCCAAUGUGUUUUAUUUAUUCUUUUGUUGGGUUUUUGUUUCUUCUUGUAAAAUUGUACAGAAACUUUUUAAAAGAAAUUGGAUUCAAAACUGGAUGUGUAUUCGUAACCUCAUAAUUUUUAUUUGUGUAUUGUUUCUUUUAUUUCAGUUAAAUUUUUACAUUAUUUUGCAUGUAUAUUUCUUUGUACAGAGACCUUACAUGUUUACACAGUAUGAUGUGAUGUAAAUAUUUUAUUUUGCCAUCAGUUAUUUUAAAAAAUUAAACAUAUUUGCCUGA